GCUUUUUCCCUUCGCCACCCUCGUAUUAUCUCAGCGGUGAAGUCAGCAUGAUGUCAUCAAGGGAUGCGAUAUCCUUGGAAAGGUUGCAUCAGGGUUUUUGGUGAGUGAUUGCCUGGAGGGUUUUAUUCCGAACUCUUGCUGGGAGAGAGACUGUCAGAGGGAAGAGAGAGGAGGAGGAGAGAGUGCGUGUGUGUGUGUGAGAGAGAGGGGCGCGGAGGAGCUACAAAACAUGGUAAUCACCAGCACCAACAUCACCAUCACCACCAUCACCACCAUCAUCACCAUCACCUCCAGCUCUGCCGCGCACUCUCCCGUCUCCUCUCCGCGCCUCACACCCGCAGCCCCGACCCGCUCACCAAAAAUAACCCUCAGCCAGCAUGCCGAAGGAAGCAAAACAAGAAGAGCGGUAUUUUUAGGGCCAUUAAUUUCGACCACGUGGCCCGACGGUAGAGCGGAUGGCCGUUGCGCAAAGGUUCCUCGCCAGUAUGUCCUGCGAGGCCGGCACGCACCGGCCGCUGCGCGCGGCGGCUCUGCUGGGCUUCGUGCUGAUGGGGCUGGUGUGCGCGCACCCGCACCCGCUCCCGCUCCCGCACACGCUGCCCGGCGGCAGGACCAACGCAACUUUGCUGGAGAGGCGAUGGGAGACGCUGUUCUCCCGCUCCGUGCUGGGGAUCUCCGGGGAGAAGCCGGAGCUCAACUGGGAGAGUGACUAUCUGCUGGGCAUCAAGAGAGUGCGGAGGCUCUACUGCAACGUGGGCAUCGGGUUUCACCUUCAGGUCCUCCCCGACGGCAGGAUAAACGGUGUACAUAAUGAAAACCAGUACAGUUUAAUAGAGAUCUCUACGGUGGAGAGAGGAGUGGUGAGCCUCUACGGAGUGAAGAGUGAGUUGUUUGUCGCAAUGAACAGCCGUGGGAGGUUAUACGGAACGACAGUCUUCCAUGAUGAGUGCAAGUUCAACGAGACCUUGCUCCCGAACAACUACAACGCCUACGAGUCUCUGGUUUACAGAGGAUCCUACAUAGCACUGAGCAAGCACGGCCGUGUGAAGAAAGGCAACAGGGCCACCACUGCCAUGACUGUGACGCACUUCUUACCCCGAAUAUGAUGAGAAAAAUCUGGCAAUAACAAACUUAUUUGCACAUGUGGAUUAUUUUCCAGGUAACACAAAUACCAUAUACGUUCGAACAAACAAAAGACAACAUGGACUUCAAAAGAAAGAAACAAAGUUAUAUCUGAUAGUAUUUAUUCAAACUUUAUAUGUAUAUUUGGGUAGUUUACUUUGUUUUAGAAAUGAUAGAAAUGCCAUUCUGUGCUGCUUUUAUGAGUUUUGUCAUGUUGUGAAAUGAAGGGAAUAGACAGGCAUCAUUGGUCCCUUUAGUUUUCAUGGGUGCUUGAUGGAAGUGGUCGUGCCCCUGCCCCGCCAGUCCGUGACAUUUCACCUUUUUUUUUUUUUUUUGGAAGUGAAAUGGGGAUGUUAAUAUCUCACAGAAACAUAUCAUGAUAAGAAAAUGCAGAAAAAGAUAAAAGUGGGCAUGAAGUUUCCACACCGAGGAGCCCCCUUCUAUUUAAAAAGAAAAAAAAAAAAGUUUUGUUGUUAUUCGUCAAGAACCCGGACAUUUCCCGUUUACUAUGUUUGAGUGUCACUGUCAGGGCAACUAGAGCGCUUGUAAACUGGUCCGUGUCUUUUCUUGUUUUGUCAUGAGGUGGCUGUGCCUUGAAUUCCUUCCUUGCCCUUGCAUGCGAGAAAUGUGGUGCUCAAGUCAGAAAUAGGAAUGAUACGCAAGUCAUCACUCCCUCAGACGCCACCGGGGACUUCAGCCCAACUCUCUGAGGGUCUGAGGUGUCUCCACUUUAUUCUCUUUUCCAUAAAUCAAUGAGGCAAUUGACACUCUUUGCUACACACGACCCAGUGGAGCUUCCUGUUAACAUGUGGAGAUUCAGAUCUGGGAUCAGCGCUUGAUCCUUCCACGUCACGUCCAAGGGAGUUUUGACAAUCCCAGGUUUUGCUUUCACAAGUUCAGCAGCUGGGUCAUCGAGCCAGACUGUGUGUGGCUGUUCUUCAUCUAUGUAGGUACACGUGUACAAUUGAUUUAGAUAUGCUUCACUUCAUCAUUUUGGUCAUUUGCUCAAUAUCGAGGGCAAAUCUGUAGCAGAAUCUAAUACUAUAAAACAUCUCUGCCGUGCUCUCUCUUCAACCCCCCACCUCUAACUGAGCUAAUGCGCUCUGUUGUGUUGGGACUAAACAUUUGGCCACUGACCUCAUGACAAACUACUAGGCUACUGUUUUUAAGGACACAGUCCAACGAUGGGAGCUGUUUGAUGAAGUAAAGUUUUGUGUUGAUGCAGAGAUUACUUAACUUACUGAGUACUGUAUGUCACCGAUUAAUCAAAUCACUGUAAAUAUGACCGUUUUCGGUGUUGACUGGAGAUAAUCUAAAUGUUCCAGUUGGGCUUAGAGAGGACAGGAACUAACUGGUGCGAUGUUCAUGAUGUUACUUUCUUUUUUUUUUUUUUUUAAAGCAAUGCUCGAUGUCACUAAAAGUGUGAUAAGAUAAAUAAGUUAUCCCAGUGUUUUAAGCUACGUAUUCAGAUUGUUCACCGAGGUGCAGGAGGCAUUUUUUGCGAUAGAAGCAUGAAGUAGAUGUAAUGCCCACGCUGCUCUCUCAGAUGUAAAUCUUUCCUUUGUGUAAACAAACGGAAGCGAACAACAAACCCAGCAGAAAACAGCAAUAGGCGGAUUUAUGUGGCGCUUUGUUGCAAAGACUGUUUGUUAGACUUGACGAAGAUGAGAAUAAUAUGUGGAUAAAACACCUGAGCGUCUGGCUCCUCGUUGGUCAAUGACAAUCUUGUGCAUCAAGGUCAGAGACGUGGGCGUCCCGUCCUCCCUGUCUCUCACAUCGGCAUGUAGUUCUGGUCUGCUGCAACUUUUAUUUGUCGCUUUACAGAACACUGCACCUGUUAGGCUAGUUGUUGGAAAGAGAAAGAAUGGUUGCAAUGUUUAAUUUAUUAAUUUAUUGUACAUAUGAGCAGCAUUUUAAAUCCUGCAAUGAGGUGCGUUUCAGCAGGACUUUUAUUCAUUUUGGAACAAGCUACUAGUACAAGAGCAGCUUGGUGAAAUAGCGUUUCAACCAUGUAGCACAGCUCCUCCUGUAGGUGUGUUAUCAUAUUUUACCUCAUGCCCUCCAUUAUAACUAUAAUUCACUGACAACACGUUUGUGAGCUAUAGAAGAUGUGCCCUUUAAGCUUGAGCUUCUGUUUUGUAGCAGAGACAAAUGUGCAGUAACUAGUGAGGGUCUGUGUGAGUAUGUAUUUGUACGUAUGUAUUUGACCGCCCGAACACACUCCUGUCAUGUUCUGUCUGCCAGAGUAGAAGAUAGAGAGGCUAUCUGAGCAGUUUGCCCUGCAUCAGGGGUAACGGGCCUUGUCUGGCUGUGCACGCUGAUGCACUGCGUUGCCCUCGCAGGAGAGGACGAAGGGUUGGAAAAAGCUGCUGAUGAAUAUGUGUUGAGAGAAAGCUGUGGUUUGAGCUGGUAGAUUUGUAGCAAAAGCCGAUGUUAAAUGAAUCAAACGCUUCCAGGAGAAGGACACUUGAGCAAAACUAUCUGAUGGACUGAAUACUGUGAUCCAGAGCAACUUGAGACUCCCAGGAUGUCAUGUAUGUUUCUGAAUGUUGACGCCACUGAUUAUUGUCUUUAGAAGAUUUCGCCUUGAGCAUCUUAUUACUCAUUUUGACUAACGAGCCUUUAUCAUAUCACUCUGAUUGGGAAAUGACUACUGAUAGAUUUUUCUUGGCAGAUUUCAUGACAUUUUUUAAAUUUAAAUUUUAUUUAUACAUUUUCUUUUUUUUUAAAUGAUGGAGUGCAAUUUUCUUUGCAGGAGAAGAAACUGUUUUCUCUUACUCUUGUCAAAACAGGCUGAUGUGCCAUAUCAAACUUGGUUGUUUUGAUGUGUUAAUUACUGUCUGCUAUUUCGGGCUUAUCGUGGUGCACUUCAGAGGACGCUGUCAUCACAACAGUGAUUUGAGCAGCAGAGUGGGAACUGUAAAGUCACAAUCGCUUCUCGACCUGUAAGGCACACCUGAUAAGUCGAUCUUGCGGGGGAGUGAAGCUGGUGACAGAUUUUCCAAGUGUGCCAGUUGGACGUCUGAAGGAAACAUUGCUGUUACCAAUUCUACAACUUUUGCAUGAUGCUGUUGUGAAGCAGAAAAAGUUGUAGCCGUCUAGCAGUAACUAAGAGAAGGUAGUCAAUGGUGAGAAAAUAUCUCUUUUUCGACAUUACUUCCUUAAUUCCUCAAUCUGCAUGUAGAGUUCUGAGUGGACUAGAUAUGUCUUACCCCUUUGAUUAAGGAUCCAGUGUCUGGAUAUUGCCAUUGUGCUGGUUUUAAAAUGUGUUGGUUCACAGGGAACUGGAGGUCUGUGGGCAGAUCUGGGAUCAGACAUGUGUGAGUGUGUGUCCCUGUGUACCAGCAGCCUUUGUGUUUCUCUCUCAGUUAUCUAUUCCUGCACUGAGGGGAGAGUGCUUCCUCUGAGUCCCCCUCCUCUUUUUUAACAUAUACCUCACCUUCUGCCUUAGUUCCGAUUAUUGAAAUGAUUGUAAAUUAGUUUGAAACAACAGACUUCUCCAAUCAUUUGUUUCUGAAAAAAAUAUGAUGACGAGUAAGAAAAAAAUACUAUAUUACAAAUGGUUUUCCUUUUAUUUUUGUACGUAUGUGCUGUGCACAGCAGUCAACUGUAUUCCUGAGAUGACAAUAAAGGAUGUUUUGUAAAAUCUUUUGUGAUUGAAUUCAUUAGAUUUGUGUGUUUCACUCACUUCACACUAAUCAAUCCUGUAAAAACAUGAAUUACUGUGGGAGCUGGGAUGAAUCUGUGAAGUCUAAGUGAAAAGUUUAAACAUAGUCAGUCAUGUUCUGUAAAUUGUCUUAAGGCAGUGUGGAGCGCCCUCUGUCGGUGAAGAGGGGGACGGCAACAGUCUGACGGGCAGGAGCCGAAAUCAGUUUUCUUUCUACUUUCGAUUAAUUUCAUAAAACGUCAUUAGCAAAAACAAACCUUUUUGAGCUUUUUCC